UGUUUUUAUAGUUGUUUGGCGCCAAUGCUGUGUCAGUUUUUGUUCGAUCCGUUAUUAAACGCCAAAAUUUGUCAAUAAUUUUAAUCAUUAACUUUAAAUUAUAAAGAUAAAUUAUAAAAAAUGAGUACUCAAGCCGUUCCGGAUGUAAAGGCACCAGUUGCACUAACGCACGCUUCUUCAGAGAAGAUGUCUCGUCAUGAAAUGCUGCGUUGGAUUAAUACAACCGUCCAAGGCGAAUAUACAAAAAUCGAGGAUCUCUGCUCAGGUGUUGCUUAUUGCCAAAUUAUGGAAAUGCUCUUCCCGAAUUCAGUUGGUGCGAAAAAGAUAAAAGCCAACGCAAAAUUGGAACAUGAAUUUUUACACAAUUUGAAACUCUUCCAAAUGGCGUUCACACGUAUAAACUACGAAAAGUCCGUGCCGAUUGAGCGUUUGAUAAAAGGACGUUUCCAGGAUAACUUCGAAUUUCUGCAAUGGUUUAAGAAGUUUUAUGAUGUGCAUGCAGCCGGUAAAGAAAAUGUAAAGCUUCCGAAUACACAAAAGCCACAAAUCCAUCAUAAAACAGUAAAAGCAACUAAAAAAGUGCUGAAUCGGGGAGGUUCGGAGAUGACACCACCAACGGCGAAUUCAACGCAACUUAACGUGGAUGAAAGUGGUUCGCCACGAAGCCUGCGAUCUCUGCAAGAGACUCGUGAUAAACUAGCUGAGCAGACCGCGAUAAUAUUAAAUGAAAGAAAUUUCUAUUAUAAAAAACUACUCGAUGUUGAAAAUGUGUUGAAAGAAUUCACAGAUCACGACGAGUUGUGUGAACGUGCACUGGCCAUAUUAUAUGCCACCGAUACUGAUGUCCAAGGAAAUGGAAAUAAUGAGUCGGGAUGCGAGACCGCGGAGUUGUAAAUUCAUAAUUGUGUGUUAUACUUUGAUUAUAAAUAUUGAAUUUUUGAUUAUGUGUAUGUUAUUAGUUUUAUUCAAAUGUUUUUACGAUAAUAAAACUUUUUGUGUAAUGUA